AUGUCCCCCACGACGUCAAACCACUCGUCCUCGUCGUCCUCUUCCCGUGGGGCUCCCUAUGCACGCCGUCCCUCGGGGCAGCCCAAGUCCUCCAGGCAGCAAUUCAGCGCUUGCGGAGCCUGUCGCAUGCGCAGAGUCAGAUGUGACCUCAAAGACCUUCCCAUCCCUCUAUCGGGUCCUAACCCUGCUUGCUCGAACUGUCGCGAACGUGGUCUAAAAUGCGUAGAUGAAUUCGCCGAUGUCAAAGCUGUCAAGCUCUUGAGGAGGGGUAGACGAUUACAACAGGUUGAGGCCAUAUAUGGCAAGGCCAACAGCAGUUCCAACGGCGACUCUUCCGGCGCUUCAACCCCAAGGCCAUCGACAAUACCCAAUUUACAUCCUGAUUUUUUUGUAUCGCUGUUUUGGUCGUGGUUCAGCAUUCAGAGACCCGUCCUGGAUCCAGUCGAGUUUCCGGCACGUUAUAUCCAGGCGCAAUCUCACGGCCAACCUCUUUCGCCGCAUACUACGAUCAUCUCUAUGCUUCUGGUCCUGUGGGCUUUCAGUUACGGUCUCGACGAACGCGGUAUUCCUUUCGCGAGCUCUCCAGGUCCAAUGUCCUCGAGAAAAGGUCGCACUCAGUCUAUGCUCGGAGAAAUUCUCGAGCUGCUCGAUAUUCAUGCGAUCAUGCGCAGUCCAACAUGGGACGGGCUUCGCAUCCUCCUGCUGUUGCAGCCAUUGGUUGACGAAGACGAUUCCAUUCAUCCGCUCGACAGAGUCGCACUGCGCGACGCCAGCCUUUCUCAGGUCGUUUCCUUGUCUUCACUGUCACUUUCUUCUGCUGCCAAUCCAGAGGAUCAUGCAGCAGUGAGGACAAGGCUCUUCUGGUGCGCAUACAUCCAUGAGAGUAUCACCGCCGGCUUGCGUGGUGGCCGGCUUUUCCUCACGACUGACGACCUCGAUCUUCUCGCCCCAGUCCCUUCAGUUCCGCUUACUCCGAGUACUCUCAAUUUCACCAACUUACAUCUGUUCAGCCCUACAUCAUAUGGAAAUGGUUAUUCGAACCAUUUACCUUCUCCGAUUUCCCCCACUUUCCCUCCGGAUAUUACGCCACCCAUAUCCUCUAGGAACUCACCCCCACUAGGUGGUUCUUCAACGCCUCUUUCCCUUCCGUCUCCUGACUCUCAUCUGUUCGCCACUCCACUUCGUUUGUCUACCCUCAUCCGUAAAGCUCAUCGAAUCAUAUUAUCACCAAGAGCAUCAAAAACCAUUGAGGCGAACGGCGGCAUCGUCGACGCCGUUGCAAUGAGAGAUCUUUGGAAAGACCUCGACUCCUGCUGGGAGGAAUUAGCUUGCAUUCGAAAGGCAGGUCACGGCGGCGAAAUCGAAAAGUGGACCAGUGCCUGGCAACUUAUCAUUUUUGAGUGCCAUAAUUUGAUCAAAGAAUCCCUCAAGCAGUUGGCACGCAUCCCGUCAUCGCCUGUCUCCCCCACCCCCAACUCUCCCGGCUCCCUCUACGAGGUAGCCACCCGAAAGUGCUUCCGUUUACUUCCCUCGAUACUUGGUGUGGUCAAAUACAAUUUGACUUACGAGGCCACUGACCUUUUCCGCUACGACACCGGAUUGGUGCGUGAUGGCCUCUUCUAUGCUGCAUAUCUCAGCGCCACCAUUUCGAGCAGCGAUCUCGUAGACUACGUCACCUCCGUGCAGCUCAAAUCUGAGUCAGUUGACGACCCCUCAUCGUCUUCAUAUAACGUUGUCGGAUUUCGCGUGGAGGAGGUCCGGCCCGGUCUUCUCCCUAUCUUGGACUCGGAUGAAGGGGUUAAUGUCUGCCUUGCCGCAAUGAGUGAGAUGGGGUGGACAUUUAGUAAUGGCGCCUCAGGUAAAGGGGAGCGAGAAGAUCUCGUAGGCCUCGUGAAAAGCGUCUGGGAAACACGCAAGGGACAAGGUUUAGGUCCAAAUGGAUUUUCGCCGCCUUAUCCAUUUGCGCAGGGUGCGACAGGCACCUUUUAUGGGAUGAAUCCCAUAACGGACAGUUUAGAUGGAAUACCUGCCAGGUAUUUGUCUGGGCACAGUUCGUCGCCAACCUCCUCUGGUGGAUCACCUCAUAGUGACCCAGGACAUCCGCACUUGGCGAAUUCGAUGUCAACCCGUUCAUUAGGAGAACUUCCCUACUCGUCAACGAUAACAACAACAAGACCGACGACAUACAUCCCGCCCAUUUCUCACCACUCCCAGUCCAAUCACUCUUCUCCCUCCUCGUCCACUUCCCUUCAACUAGGUUACUCCUCCCACCCUUCCCCUCAUCAACUGCAAUCUCAUUCUUCACCGCACUUGCAAAACAAUCACGCUUCGCAACAUCCCAUCCUCCCGCCGCUGACGCUUUCGGCCCUUGUGCGAGGUGGUCCUAAUACUGCUCCAGAGCUGGGUAAUGGGAACGGAGCGACAUGGGUAGACUAUACACCUCCCGGGACGGCUGGCAGCGGUGCUGGCUCGCCAGGCGUCGCAGGAUUCAAAUCUGAGAUUGGCGACACUGAUUUUUACGCUCAACCGACUGGCUAUGCCAUGGAGUACGCCACUAGCUAA